AUGUGCAGCCAGCGCUUGCACCAGCAAUGGGAAAAUAAGAAUGUGCCCGUUGCCAUUGUGGGCAUGGGUAUGCGUCUCCCAGGAGGUGUUCACUCUCCCGACACCUUCUGGGACAUGAUGAUUCAGAAAAAAGAUGGUUUAUGCGAGGUUCCCAAAAGUCGUUACAAUAUUGACGGAUUUUACAGUACUUCCAAGCCGCAUCUGUCAAAACGAGACAUGGAUAUUUUCUCAAGGGAAGAUCCAACUUUGCGGAACGGGAUGGAUCCUCAGCAAAGGAUGCUGCUUGAAGUUAUUUGGGAAUGUUUGGAAAGUGCAGGUGAAACAAAUUGGUGGGGAAAGAAUAUAGGGUGCUACGUUGGAGUAUUCGGAGAGGAUUGGCUUGAAAGCUCCCUGAAAGACUCGCAAAAUAUUGAUCGAUUUCACGCUGUCGGCACAGGUCUGUUCGUCCUUUCAAAUCGCAUAUCCUACGAAUUCGACUUUCGAGGCCCUAGUGGCGCCAUUUUCACUGGCAGUAGCUUGAUUUUGUCACCAACAAUGACGACAACUGUGUCCGAUAACAUGUUGCUAUCACCUAGUGGUAUAUGCAAGUCGUUUGACGAGGGGUUUGAUGGCUAUGGACGAGAUAACGAUCCUAUUCGUGCAGUCAUCAGAUCUACCGCUACUAAUUGCGAUGAAAGAACUCCUAGUAUCACCACCAGAGCCCUUAUCCAUGAUUUGUCUGAGACUGCAUUUUUUGAAUGCCUCGGGACGGGCACCAGCGUUGGAGAUACAUCAGAAACUUCUGUCGUGGCCAACCUAUUUCAGGUGAAACCCAAUGUUGGCCACAGUGAAGGCGCCUCAGGCAUAACCAGCAUUAUAAAAGCAGCUUUGGCUCUGGAGCGUCAGAUGGUUCCCCAAAUGCUCACUUAUCUAUGCCAAAUCCGAAGAUCCCAUGGAAAGAGGGAAGGCUACAUGCCCCUACUGUGCCGACAGACUGGCCGGUAG